AUGAGGCCUGGUGCUCUCAUCUUCCUCCUCGCGGGGCUCCUCUCUCUCUGUGCUGUGGUGUCCUCUGCCUUUGGCCAAGGGAAGCCAGGAUACUGCCCCCGACGAGAAGGCUUUGGACUAUGUGUGGAGGAAUGUUCUGGAGAUUUUUCAUGUCCUGGAAAGAAGAAGUGCUGCAGCAACAACUGUGGCCACACUUGCCAAACUCCACUAAAAGAAAGGCCUGGAAGCUGCCCUUUCUUUCCUGCAGUAGUGAGGCCACCUUGCAUAAAUGCAUGCCGUAAAGAUUAUAAUUGUCCUUUUCCCAAGAAAUGCUGUUCAAGCAUGUGCUCCAGGGUCUGCAUAAAUCCAGACUCUGUUGCAGAGAAGCCUGGGCAAUGUCCUGGGGGUCAGCCAGGUAUGGCCGGACCCUGCGUGGUUUGGUGUGAGAAUGACUGGUCAUGCCCUGGAGCUCAGAAGUGCUGCGGGAGUUGCCCACGAGCUUGUGCUUAUCCUGUCAGAGAGAAGCCUGGACGAUCCCCUCCAAAUUGA